UAUCAUUCCUUUAUUAAUCGACAGCAAUUUAAUAAAACACAAACAAAAUAAAACACACGAAGAGUUAUUUAACGGUUCGUACAACAGGUGAAAUGUUACAAAGUCAAAACCACACAGAUUAAGACGGCAGUUUAAAGGCACAUUAAACAGUAGGGAUGACUUGAUUGGAAACACAAUUUAUGACUAAAUAAAUAUUUCAUUUGCUUAGAUUUUGCAGUUUUAAUACACCCAAUCGUGAUUUUAAUACUUUAAUUUUCAUUUUAAGAUGCGAUUUUUCGAAAUUUCUGAAAACGGGUCGUGACGUCACACACCGCCGACACGUUUCAGUGCGUUUUAGCGUUGCUGCUAUAAUACGCAGGAAACGCAUUUAUUUUCGCAGAGGACAAGUUGUACUGCUUUGUUUAGGCCUGAUUAGCCUUGGUAUUCUUUCUGGUAAAAUAUAUUGGCUACUGAAGAAGUAUUUAGGUUGCCUAAAGAGAUAAAUGGUUGUUAAUGUGUAUGCACUAUUGAUUUUGAAUCGGUCCAGUGUGCGAUAAUUAAAUUCAGUAACUUAAGCUGGCCUAUAUAGUCGAUGUAUUUUAAAAUAUGCUAAAUACAAUGUAUAGCAGAAAUAACCAUUCGAAAUUUUGCCAUGUGAUACGCCAGAUAAAUACCCUUAAAGGGUUUAUAACUUUAACUGUUGAAAUGCUAGAUAUUGGCUCUGUUCUUGGAUGUGGAAAUGCAAAAUCAGUGCCUAAGAUACUUGGUGAAAUUUCUCCAAGUAUCGAGAGUGAGGCCCCCAGGUAUAUUGAGACAUGUACACAAGUUUCACCAAUAAAGGUUGUGCAUGCCAAACACGAGCAUGUGUGUCAUUUCGAACGAAAGGAACUCGAGUUGCACCCGAUGCCGAAACAAAUGAAGGAUGUUCAGUAAUGCAUUUGAUACUCUGAUUUUGGUUUAUUUGCAAAACUGCAAUAUCUCUUUACAACAUUUGUGUUUCCUCUUUGUAUUUAUUAAUCCACAUUUUCCAUGCUCGCACCUGAAAAAAGAGUUACUUUCCUAACAGUUAUUUUUUUAAUUUUUUUACAUACAAAAAUCUUACCAAUCCUUUGCUUCACAUCGCCCGGAGUUCGAAACUACAGCUGACUUUUCGCUACUAACUCUUUCUAAGAUACAUUCUGGAUCAAAUAAACAGCCUACAGCGGGGCGCAAAAAUGUUGAUUCAAAAAGUUUAUCAUCAGAAAAGAAAGAAUCCGAGUUUCAA